AGCUACGGCAACAGACGUAACUUUUUUCCCCUCUCUUUUUUUCUCCCCCUUUUUUAACCCUUCCUGAGCUCCUUCGGGGGAGGGGAGUUGGAUGAUGAAAAAAAGCCCCGGGAGGCGUUUGGAGGCAGAACCGCGGUGCCGGCCCCAGCCAAGGGAUCCUCCCGCGGGAUUCGAGAAACUUUGCUCCCGGGGCCGGGCGGCGGAGCGGAGCGGGGCCGGGCGGCGGAGCGGUGCCGGGCGCGGAACGCGGGGCGCGGGGCGGCGGCGCGGGGCCGCUCCAUCCCUGACGCCGGCGGGACGGCCCUCUCCCCUCUGUGCCCGCAGGAGGAACCGCGGGUAGGCUCCACGCCGCUGGCCAUGCUCGCCGCGACCUGCAACAAGAUCGGCAGCCCCAGCCCCUCGCCGUCCGCCCUUUCGGACAGCACGUCCUCCUUCGGCAAAGGCUUCCACCCCUGGAAACGCUCCUCCUCCUCAGCCUCGGCGGGCAGCUGCGGCGCCGUGGGCUCCGGCCUCCCGGGCUUCGGCGUGGCGGGCGCGGCGCGGAACGGCUCCUCGGCGGCGGCGGCAGCAGCGGCGGCGGCGGCGGCCGCCCUCGUCUCGGACUCGUUCAGCUGCGGCGGCUCGCCGGGCUCCAGCGCCUUCUCGCUCACCUCCAGCAGCGCCGCGGCAGCCAGCUCGCCCUUCGCCAACGAUUACUCCGUUUUCCAGGCGCCGGGCAGCGCCGGGGGCGGCGGCGGCGGCGGCGGCGGCGGCGGUGGGACCGCAGGACAGGAGACGGCGGCGCACCAGCCCGUCUUCAUCUCCAAAGUGCACACGUCGGUGGAGGGGCUGCAGGGCAUCUAUCCGCGGGUGGGCAUGGCGCACCCCUACGAGUCCUGGUUCAAACCCUCGCACCCGGGGCUGAGCGCCGGCGAGGUAGGCUCAGCGGGCGCCUCCAGCUGGUGGGACGUGGGUGCCGGCUGGAUCGACGUGCAGAGCCCCAACGGGGCGGCCGCGCUGCCCGGCUCCCUGCACCCGGCGGCCGGCGGACUCCAGACUUCGCUCCACUCGCCGCUGGGCGGUUACAACUCGGAUUACUCGGGCCUGGGCCACUCGGCCUUCAGCAGCGGCGCCUCCUCGCACCUCCUCAGCCCCGCCGGGCAGCAUCUCAUGGACGGAUUUAAGCCGGUGCUGCCCGGCUCCUACCCGGACUCGGCCCCCUCGCCGCUGGCCGGCGCCGGGGGCUCCAUGCUGGGCGGCGGCCCCGCCGCACCGCUGGCCGCCUCGCCGCGCUCCUCCGCCCGCCGCUACUCGGGCCGCGCCACCUGCGACUGCCCCAACUGCCAGGAGGCCGAGCGGCUGGGGCCGGCGGGGGCCAGCCUGCGCCGCAAGGGGCUGCACAGCUGCCACAUCCCCGGCUGCGGCAAGGUCUACGGCAAGACCUCGCACCUGAAGGCGCACCUGCGCUGGCACACGGGCGAGCGGCCCUUCGUCUGCAACUGGCUCUUCUGCGGCAAGCGCUUCACCCGCUCCGACGAGCUGCAGCGGCACCUGCGGACCCACACGGGCGAGAAGCGUUUCGCCUGUCCCGUCUGCAACAAGCGCUUCAUGCGCAGCGACCACCUCAGCAAGCACGUCAAGACCCACAGCGGCCCCGGAGGCGCCGGCGGCCCCGGCGGCGGCGGCCCCGGCGGCGGCCCCGGCCCGGGGGGCAAGAAGGGCAGCGACACCGACAGCGAGCACAGCGCGGCUGGCAGCCCGCCCUGCCACUCCCCGGAGCUGCUGCCGCCCCCCGAGCCCGGCCACCGCAACGGGCUGGAGUGACAGGCGGAGGCGCGGGGCCGUCGCGCCCCCCAGUCCCGCCGCGCUCCCGGCCGCGCCGCGCCCCGAGCGCGCAGCCCCGCGGCGGGGACUCGGACACGUAAGUAGCUGGCACGGCUCCGCAAGAACAGCGCUCG